UAUUUAAUGAAGAAGAUGAUGAUAAUGAUAAUCAAUCAAGUAAUGAUUUAAUCGAUACAAUCGAUAAUGAUGAUGUUAAUGGUAAUGGUAAUGAUGAUGACAAUGAUGAUAACGAAGAUGAAGAUACUAUAAUAACAACGACAAACACAGUGUUACCAUCAACGACAACAACAACAUCAUCAACGACAAUACCGACAAUCGAUCCAGAAGAUCAAUCAUCAUUUUGGUCAUCAUUCGAUUCGAAUGAUCCAGAAAAAGUUUCAAUUAUUAAUAGUGUUAUGAAUAGUAUACAACCACAAUUAAAUGGAGCAUCAACAUUGCCAACAACAUCAACAUCAACUGAUUUGUUGACAAAUUCAUCAACAACAACAACCAAUAUGGUUAUUCAAAAUGGAUCAUCAUCAUCAUCGAUUGCUUCGAAUAGUCGAUUAGAUGAACAAAGAAGAAUAUUAAUUGAAGAAGUACGUAAACGACCAUGGAUUUAUUAUAAAAAAGAUCCAACAUAUAAUGAACGUGUACGUGUACAACAAUCAUGGAAAGAAAUUUCCGAAUUAAUCGGUUGGGAUGAGGAAAUGUGUAAAUCAAAAUGGCGUAAUGUACGUGAUGCAUAUCGAAAAAUACAAAGAUCUCAUCAGAAAAAUCCAAAUGAUUCCAAUUAUGUUAAUCGUCAUCCGGAAUUAGCAUUCCUUGAUGAUUGUCCAUUUAAACCACGAACAAGAACUAAAAAUCAAUCAAAAACAAAAUCUUCAAACGCGACGAUAAUUGGUGAAAAACGUCAAACCAGAGCAUCAUCAGCAGCUGCAUUAAUUGUACCGAAUGCUAAUCCAUCCACACAACAGACAAAUAAAUCUGAAUCAUCAAAUAAUAAUCAUCAUCAAAAAUCAAUGAAUAAUCAAUCACAUAAUAGGACAAAUAAUCAUCAAAAUAAUAGACUGAAUAAUGAAUCUCAUCAAAAAAAUCAUCAUCAACAACAACAACAUUCACAAUCAACAAACAUUCCAAAUACCACCGUAACAAAUAAUUCUACUACUCAGGUUAUUGGCACAUCGACAAUACAGAAUGGUUCAUCAAUGAUACAUCAUUUACAUAAUAAUCAAAUGAAACCAAUGAUUUCGGUUGUAACUAAACCAAGAAAAACGAUACAGUAUAAUAAUAAUCAACAACAACAGCAACAACAUCAUCAUAAUCAAAAUAAUUCAACAAACAUCUUACGAUCUCCAUCAGUAUCAACAUCAUCAUCAUCAUCAUCAACGAUCAAAUCAACAAAUAAUAAUAAUCGAUCAAAUUCUAAUAAUAAUCAAUCAAAUAUGAAUUAUAUGAAUCGUUCGAUGGGAAAUAAUUCACAAUCAUUAUUGAAUCAAACACUUACAAAAAAUAUGGCAGCAGCACAAUCAUCUGGAGCAACUAAUUAUCAUAAUAAUAAUAAUUAUCAUCAUCAACAGCAGCAGCAGCAGCAACAACACCAUGCAAUGAAAAAACCUCGAUUAUCAUCAUCAUCAUCAUCACCAUAUCAUCAUCAAAUGUUAUCGACAAAUAAUCAUCAUUCAAAUUCCAAUAAUAAUAUUAAUACCAGCAACAACAACAAUAAAAUGAUCGGCCACAAUAAUAAUAAUAAUAAUAAACAAAUUGGACAUAAUCAUCAAAUGGAUGAAAUUCUUAUGAUUGUACGUGAACUACAGAAUCGUCAUCAAAAUCAUUCGGUAUUAGGUACAUUAUCAAGUAUGAUUGAUCAAUUACCAUUGGAACGACGUGCUUCAGUAUUUGGUAAAAUAUUCAAUAUGGUUGCUGAAGAAUUACGUUUAUAUAAUAUUGAACGUAAUGAUGAUCAAUUAUCAACCAUGAAUACUAAUAAUAAUAAUGCGCAGGCAUCGAUGAUGAUGAUGAAAAAGAAUCAUCGACAACAUAAUAAUAAUCGUACACGAACGGCUGAAUUAUUAACAUUAAAAAAUGAUGAUUAUGUUGAAUAUAUUGAUAGUGAUAAUCUGGAUGGAUAUUAUGAUGAAGCAACAGCUAUUGCAACGGCAACAAUGAUGGCUGUAAAUCAUCAUGGUGGCCAUGAUAAUCAUAUCGUUGAUGAUGAUGAAGAUGAUGAUGAUGACGACGAUGAUGAUGAUAUGAUGGACUAAUUAUUUUUCAAACUUUGAUUAAUUUAU